GCCCGCCUCCGCAAUCCCUGCGGCGGAUUCCGGAUCUGCACGGCGGCGCUCCGAUGAUUGCAGCUCGCCGGAAGCUCGAGAGCCCCGCCGGGGACGCCAUCUCCGGAGUCCGGUUCGCUCCCCGGUCCAACAACCUCCUCGUCUCUUCCUGGGACUCUUGCCUCAGGUUGUUCGACGCGGAUAGUUCCGAGCUCAGAUUAGAGGCUCCCUCCGAAGCCGCCCUCCUCGGUUGUUGCUUCCAGGACGAGUCCGUUGCUUUCGGCGUCGGCUCUGAUGGUUCCGUGAUGAGGUACGAUUUGCACUCUGGAGCUCAGGACACGAUUGGAAGUCAUGCUGAUAUAGCAACCUGUAUUGAAUGCUCUGAUCAAACUUGUCAAGUGAUUACAGCUGGCUUAGACAAAAAAGUAGUUUGUUGGGACAUGCGCAUCGAUAAAGUUAUUGCAAAUUUAAUUAAUGCAAAUGGAGAGGUGGAGUCCAUCUCAUUAUCUGGGUGUAAUCUAAUGGUUGCAAUUGGAAAUUCAGCAUAUGUGUACGAUUUGCGCAAUUUAAAAAGACCACUUCAAUUGAAAGAAUCACCAGUUGAUGCUCGUAUAAGAUGCAUAAGCUCGUGUGUUUAUUUCAAAGGAUUUGCCGUUGGAUCAGUUGAUGGACGUGUAGCUGUUGAGAUUUCUCCGUCAUCCAAUUCAAAUGACAGCAGCUACACAUUCCGGUGCCAUCCGAAGGCAAAGAAUGGAAGAAAUCACUUGGUAUCGGUGAAUGACAUUGUAUUCAAUCCACUGGGCUUGGGUUCUUUUGUGACUGGUGAUGAUGAAGGGUAUGUGGCUAUAUGGGAUGCUCGCAAUAGGAGAAGACUACUUGAGCUAACCAGAUUUGGAAAUAGCGUGGCGUCUUUGUCCUAUAGCCAUGGGGCUCAUCUCUUGGCAGUUGCGUCAAGCUACACAUACCAAGAAGCUAAUGAAUUCAGGGAGGAACUUCCUGAAAUUCAUAUAUUCGAAAUGAAUGAGCUUCGCUCCGGAUCAGCUUCUGCUGGUAGUUCAGGCACCAAAAUGCAGUCUGGGCUCCUUCUUCUUCUUCAUUUUUCCUCCUCCCCCCCCUCCUCCUCUGAUUUUCCACAUUUGCUCUCUCUCUCUCUCUCUCUCUCUCUUCUCUCUGCGUUGCGAUUCCAAUUCGGCGGAGCCGCCAUGUCGGACGAGGAGCACCACUUCGAGUCGAAGGCCGACGCCGGGGCCUCGAAGACGUACCCGCAGCAGGCCGGCACCAUCCGCAAGAACGGCUACAUCGUCAUCAAGAACCGGCCCUGCAAGGUUGUUGAGGUUUCUACUUCCAAAACUGGCAAGCAUGGCCAUGCUAAGUGUCAUUUUGUUGGAAUUGACAUCUUCAAUGGCAAGAAGCUUGAAGAUAUAGUUCCAUCAUCUCACAAUUGUGAUGUUCCCCAUGUCACUCGUACUGAUUACCAGCUGAUUGAUAUUUCUGAGGAUGGAUUUUUGAGUCUGCUGACUGAGAAUGGGAGUACAAAGGAUGACCUGAGGCUUCCAACCGAUGACGCUCUGCUUGGACAGAUCAAGGAUGGAUUUGCUGAAGGAAAAGAUCUGGUUGUCACUGCUAUGUGCUCCAUGGGAGAGGAGCAGAUCUGCGCUCUCAAAGACAUUGGUCCCAAGUGAAUGUACCCUAGUAUAUUCAUAAUAUGCUCAGAGCUGAUUAGAUGAAGGUUUCAGCUUUGCUUUUAUGUUGGUUGGACAACUAGGGGUUGAGAUCUCUGGUGAUGGGUUAAUGAGAUGUGACCCCUACUUAUAAGAAGCAUUUUGACAUUGAUUAUUUUGUUUAUGUGACACUCGUGUUCUCUGAAGAACUAUGUGUGGAUCAUUUGCCUGUCUUAUGUUGUGGAGAAUGUUAAUUAAAUGGCUCGCAAAGGCUGUAUAGAGGCAUUGUUGCACCACAUUCCUCGAAGUUUGUCGCAGCAAAAGUUAGUUGUUAA